GCGACAGACGCACCCGAAAGCGAGACGAUUUUCCACCCGAGGUUCGGGUUCGCCGGUGUAAGAGUAUUUAUAAGUUUUCCGCUGCCAAAAAGCCGUCCGCCGCUUCGCAAUCUCACAGAAAGGGACUCACUCAAACGCUCGUCUGUUGCGGCCGGCUACUAGUCGCGAUUCGACCACGCGCCCGUCGAAACGGUCCUUUCCCGUUUGAGGGAAUGGCAAAGGCCUCUUUCGUUACAAUCCUUUUUUUUCGUUCAUCAGACUGUUGCUAAAAGUGUAUUAGUGGACUAGUCGUGUGAAUAACUGUUUAAAGAAAGUGUUCAAUCUGAAAUAUCCUAUUUUUUGUGUUAUUAAAAGUGGAAAGAAUGUGUCUGAAAAUGUGAAUAUUCUGCGAAAAACGACCAAGGUGAAUAGAGAGAGAGAGAGACGCACACAUCGUGCUGGCUGUCCCGGGAGGCAGCACGGACGGCUGUGCAAUGGCCCGUUAGCUUUGUAUUUUCGUUCGUGUCAGUGUCAGUGAAAAACGGGAAAAUCCCAAUCUCAGUGUGAAGUGAAAAUAGCGGAGUGUUUGUGCGUCAAAAGUGUCGUGCGUGUGAAACAGACGCGCGAACGACAGGAAAAUCUCUUCACGACGACAAAGUAACGCUUACUCGAUCGUUUUUCCCCAUGCUGUAUGUGUGUGCGUAGUGACAGUAGCAGCAAAAGAGUUGCAAUAAACAAAAGAUGCUUGUAAUCCCAUCUCAUCGCCGUCUUUCCAUCUGCUAAAUCGCUUCCGUCAAGGAGGCGAUCUGCAAAUAGUGUGUUGAUUUGUCCCCUCCCGGGUUCAAGUGACAGUGCGUGUGUGUUCUGCAACUCUUUGUCGACUGAACUCAUCUCCUCCGACGGUUCAGAAGUUCGGUGCUACUGGUACGUUUAUUUACGCGCGAGCACUCAUGAUGUUGGCCGUCCCAGUGCCCCAUGAAUCAAGCGUGAAAGUGAAUUCAGGAUUAAAUAUCAAAGCCACCGAAGCCGCACCAUUGAACACCACCGUUCGAGCGCACGCGGUCAAGAUCAGGCGGUGACGCGAUUUGAAUCAUUUCGCGGCCCUUUAAGCCUUCUUUGCUGCGUUCUGUGUACAGUACCGCUACCGAAAGGGACAAACGCACUCGAGGUUUGAUUGAAGGCAGCACCACAAACAACCCAAAUUGACGCAAUCGCGCGUGUGUUUAUCGCGCAGAAUCCCGCAGACUAGCGCGAACGGCGCAACCGUCUCAAGUGUGCGUGGCUUAAUAGAAUAAUGCACCUCCUUGAUUCGUCGAAGGGGGGAUAACUCGACAGAACGACGGAUUCGCGUGUAAUAUGAACCGCCAAUCCAAUGGUGGUGCCAAAGUGCUUGUGAACGCGUACGCCGGUGGGAGCAGCAGCAGCAGCGGCAACGGGAACCGGAACAGAAGGGCUGAAGACGCCGGCAGAACGCCCAAGUCAAAGUCAAAACCGUCGGUGCAGUCCAAAAAUGUGCCCGACUCCCGCUGUUCCGAGACGGCAGGCAGCGGCAGCGGUGGCGGUGGCUUUCAGUCAUUCUUCCGCUGGUUCCGCCGGGAUGAGUCACGUGCGCUCGCACGCAGCGCCAGCGGUUCAGCAGUCGCACCGGAACUGCACGACCGUCGCAGUCGACAGUUGGACGGUUCCCCUGGACGUGUAGGCUCGAGCGGACGAACGCCUUCAGCGAGCGCCACCUCCGCCGACGUAAGCACCGCCGGAAGUGGUACGAUUGCGAGUCGGCGCACGAUCGACAGCACGAGCAGCAAAGCAUCGAACACACCGUCAACUGGGGGUGACACCGCCAGCCAGUCGGCCACCAGCAACGGUACGCACAGCUCUUCGCCCAGCCCUGGGCCAGUGAUCGAUUGUAACAAUCUUUCGAAAAGUUCGAGCUGCGACAGCAUCCUGAGCAUUGCGACGAACGGGUUUGCGUUUGUUGCGCCGAACUUUUACGAAGCGGCACUCGCAAAUCCAGCGGCCAGUCGGCGUACGAUACAGCCCGGUCCGUACACGGAUAGCUACAAGCGCCGGUGUACGGAGCAGGAGCGAGCCCGCGAGCUUGAUCGCAAGUACGAGCUGACGCUGCGCAAGAAGUACCGCCUGUUCGCUAGUCUGCGCGACAGUCCGGCAAGGGCGGACGGAGCUACACUCACGCGGACCAGCCAGCGGACGGUGUACACCGAGCUGAGUCUGCCGAGUGGAGGUCACCGGGAAAGCACUCCUGCCAACCCAGGUGGAGAGUUUCAGCAGCUCCCGGGUGAUCCAACCACCGCCCGACGCCAUCGACGUACGGUCAGUGAUAGCUCCAAGGAUCGCCGAGCCGGUGCGUACGUGCACGUGAAGGGCAAGAGACGUGCACCACCACCGCCGCCACUAUCGCUGGACCGUUCCGAAACGGCGUCUUCCUCAAUCAGCACUCUUACACGCUCCAGCACACCGGGCACCUACAGGACACUCUCGCCCGGUUCGACACUAACGCGCAAAAAACGACCCGCUCCAGCACCACCAGCAGUAUCACCGACGGCGACUACCCAAUCCACUCUGAACGAAGCGUCCUCCAGCACGAGCCUGCUUGAGGAUCGUGAAAUUAAAGCCAUCAUCGAGGGACGACCCAUAUCACUAAGCGUCAAGGAGGAGAGCACUCGAAUACAGGAGCCAACGCUCAUCAUGCCUCUACCGUACAUAAGACCGCUUUCUCCACUGCCCAACAUCGCCGAGGAACGGGCUCCACCCGGUGGACUUACCGAGGAGCAGAAGCAGCAGCUCAUCGACAACAUCCGCAAGGUGCAGGCACAGGUGAAAGCACCCGAAACGCCACCCACUCCCACAAACGAUGAUCGUUGCGAUGUGAUGAAGAUGGAGGAACGGUUCAAUCGAGCGAAUGGGACACGAUCUCCAAUCCACGACUACCUGUACGCUGAAGCGAUGGCAAGCGCCAAGUCUUCUUCAAACGCACAGAACCAACCGGCACAACCUGUGCCACCGACAUCACCGAUCUCUCCAAGACCAUGGUACAAGCGGCCAAUAUCUGGGAUGCGACAUCAGGAAAGCUCGUUGCCCUUUAAACGCGAUAUUGUGCUCAAAACGAUCGAGAAGCGAAAGAGCGCCAAAGAGAGUGUAGCUGAUGAUCUACCAGAAGUUGGAUACUGUCGGAACUCGCUGCUACAUCCAGAAGCAGGUGGUACGAACUCAUCCGCUGGAAGUCCAUCCUCUUCCCUUACCAGUGGUAGUGGUGUGGGAAAGUUUAACUUGUUUGCGAAGAUUACGGAAAAGUCGGAUGAUACCAAGAGGCGUGAGCGGGACGCCGAGAAGCGUCGGUCGGCCAUUGGCAUACCGAGCAUUAGUGAGCUUGAUCGGGAGGCGGCCGAGAUCGUGCACAACGGGUACGGUGGCACACAGUCGCUAGAGGCACCGACCGACAAGCAGAAAUCGACCAAAGAGCUCAUAUCAAAGUUUGAGGCAACGAGCGUCCCGGUGGCGGGUAAGGUAGCGGCGUGCAGUUCGUUUGCCGCGAGGAAGGAUUAUUUUGGCGUAGAUUCGGCUAAAGCGUCUCCGCCGACAACAACACAACCUUCCGUUGCUGCCGUGACCAGGAUUAGUGAGAAACCGGCUCCAACACAAUCGAUUGUGAAUGGUAGUUCGCAGCAACAGACCGCGAACCCGACGACAACAACGACGCCAACACAAGCGCCAACUAUGACGCCAACACAAACACCAACAACUGCUACAAAUGGCCUCGCAAAAACGGGCAGCGACAAGAACCUACUAGGCCUGUGGACCUGUCCAUACUGCACGCUGGAAAACCCGAACUGGCGCAUCAUCUGUGAGGCGUGCGAGCGCAUCAAACCGUACGACAGUAAGCUAAGCAUCCUGGAAGAGCCACCACUAAGACCGAACCAUCCGCUAAAACGUCCCAUCCCCGAGGUGAAGAAAGCGCAGACAAACGGUGUCGAUGUGAACGACAAGCAAGCGGAACGUGGGUUGAAGUACUUCCUGCCAAAACCUCAGACAGCCGUCCCAGCCACCAACGGUACACUGAUGGUGAACGGUGACGAUCGUGCCUCGCUUGUACAGCGAAAGCCAAGCUACGGCCAAACGAAACCGAUGGCAUCACCCAAAAUGGGCGUCAAGAGUCUGAUGAACCGGACCGUUCAUCCAGAGGGCGCUACUGCGUCAGGGCCAAUGUAUCGGAACUUUAAUGCCAUCCCUGAGGGCUACAAUGGAGUUACUGCUACCGUUACUGCCGUUACCGAUGGAGGUAGUAAUAAGUUUGAUGAUCAAAAGCUGAAAGAGUGUCACUCCAGCAACGGCCCAGUGGCUCCACUAGCCUCACCGGAACCGACCACCGAGAAGGAAGAUCCCGUUUACGGAGCACUCAGCAAGCCGUACUCUCCCAAGGAUCGUGUUAACAUUGAAGAAAUACGUAAUGCUCGCAUUGCCCGCUUUGGGGCAGUGGUGGAGCCGGAACAACAGCCGGAACAACCACCGCCACCCAAAACCAAAGAGCAGCAAGAUCUGGAAGCGCUCGAGAAGGAAAAGGAACGCUUGCGCGAGAUGAUCCGUGCGAUGAACGCGAAAGCGCUGGCGGAACAGUACCCGGUCGUGCAGAAACCUCCCAGCAAUAGCAGCAGCAGCAGUCUGAAGCGUGACUCACCGCUGGUGCAGCGCAAAAAUGGACUAACCUCGGGUAUACCGAUCAGCACGAAGAGCCUUAGUCCCGUGCCGGCGAGAAGGGUGAGCAGUCCGCUGAUGGCACGGAAAGCGACAUCACCAGCGGCAGCGGCUGCAAUACCGGAGGAUAGUGUUGGGAAAGAACAGAAGACUCCAGCGGUGCCAACUGUAGAGCUAGCGCCCAUUUCUUCGCCAAACACGGGUGCAAUCAGGAAGACAUCGUUCCCAAGACGUACGUCCGAUGCUGAGGGUAAGAUCAUCAAUCAGGACAGCUUGCGGGGCACAAUUCCAGCCACGGUCGUUGAGAUCAAUCAACAGCCACCACCACCACCUGCUGCCUCCCAGCUGGUGCUCACGAACGAUGUGCAGGCGCUGCACGUCGAACCGAUGGACGAACAGCAGUUUGCAAAGGCGGCAGGAACGCGUCAGCCUCACCAAGAUCAGCCGCUCAGUUCAAUUCCAAGACCGUCGGGUGUUCCACUAUCCCCACGGUUGCAGGAUCGUCACCGCAAGUCGUUGAUGGAGAAGCAGCAGCAGCAGCAGCAGGAUGAAAAACUAAAGCAACUCUCCGUCCAGUUACGAUCGCAGCAGGGUGUGGACCGUUUCCGCAGCACGUUACUGCACACACCGAACAGUAUCGGGAAGACGGGUACGCUGGCGCUGAACAAGCUGCUGCGGAAUCUGGAGCAAGCGAUCGGCGAGGGAGCGCACGAUCGGGCAGCCGAGUUGGCGAUGGAUCUGGCGAGGAUGAAGGUGUCCCUGUCGGUGACGCGGCAAAGCCCGGGUAGACCGAACUCUUCGUCGUCGGGAAGUUUGACUGAUAUAAGUUUAAACGUUUACAUCGAUGAUAAGGUUUCACACAAGGGACCAAUCCGUAUGACGCUGGCUGCCUUCGCGACCCUCGCUCAGCUGAAGGCCAAACUGUGCAACGAGUAUCAAAUACCGGUGGCGGUGCAACGCUGGCGUUGUGACGAUCAACCGCUAGACGAUGACGCUAGAACACUCUACGAUUACGGUAUACAGACGAGCGAUCGGACGCUGUUUGUGUACAUUGUACAGGCGGCCAUACCAGCCAAAGAUCCUAAGCCACCGCUGCUGAAGCAGCAAAACUUUAGCAGUGCCGAGAUCAAGCUCCUGUCCGUAUCGUCCGAAUCGGACGGUGAGCAUUCGGACACACAGAACGACGAAACUGUGCUCGGUGCUACAGCACUCCCUAAAGCUGCACCAAGAACUGCUGUUACUGUGCCAAAGUGCGAAAUCGCAGUGGAGAAUACGUCCAGCGCCAGUGAGCCCGGAUGGGCCUGCCCUAUGUGCACCCUGAUAAACCCACUCGAUCGUCCCGGGUGUGCGGCAUGUUCCGAGGCCCGACCAAGCCACCUCCGCCCUCCGUCUCCCGUCGAACAGAUCACCGUGACGCCGGAAGAUUUGACCCGCUAUCUCGAUCAGCAGCCACCGCUCGCGCCGGAACGCAGGACCAAAGAGCCGACGAUGCACGUGCAGCUGCGCGUCCCACCGAUCGAGACGCGGAACGAUCUGAAUCGCAUCUCGUCCAAUCGCAAAUCGUCCGACAUCUUCAACAUACUGCACGAUGAGAGUAAGGGUCCGCCGACGCUCGUACCGCCACAAGCGCCUUCCCUGGCAACAUGUUCCCCGCCCGUUCCGAAGCCUCGCACCACCGAUCUCAUCCGACCGGAGCACAUCCAGGUGCCGGAACAGAGCCGCAUCGUGAUGACAGCGCUGGCCACGCACCGCAGUCCCAACAUUACCCGCAGCCAGUACCGGGGCGUCGAUAACUUCAAUCCCAACUCGAGCGGCAUGGUUAAACCGGAACGGCCCAUGAUCACGACGGCCAGCCCGAUCGUGCGGGCGGUGCUGCUGAAGGGUUCGUCCGGCGAGAAGGCGUCCGCCGUCCGGUUCGGUCGCAACGGGCUCGCCCUGCCCGAGGAUGGGUCGGACGUGACGCCCAACCACUACACCGAGCUGGUCAAUCUGGACAAUGCGGAUCUAAUUGCGAACAUCGAACCAUUCGAGUGUCCGAUCUGCUUCGGUGCCUUUCAACCGUACGAGGGCAUCGUGCUGCGGGACUGUCUGCACUCCUUCUGCAAGCAGUGCCUGAUCAGCACGAUCCAGUACAGCGAGGAUGCGGCAAUACGCUGCCCGUACAGUGACGCCGUCUACAGCUGUGAAAGUGUUAUACAGCAACGCGAAAUCAAGGCUCUUGUCAGCAAGGAGCUGUACGAGGCGCAUCUUGCCAAAUCGAUCCAGCAGGCGGAAAGCACGAUCGACAACACGUUCCACUGCCGGACGCCGAACUGCCGCGGCUGGUGCAUCUACGAGGACAAUGUGAACCAGUUCAAGUGUCCCGUCUGCCGGAUUGUCAACUGUUUGACGUGCCGGGUUAUUCACGACGGGCUCGACUGCAAACAGUACCAGGACCGGAUGAACAGUGACUGUGAUACUAACUUAGAGGCGCGACGCACCAAAGCAAUGCUGCAGGAGAUGAUCGAGAAGGGAGAAGCACUGAAUUGUCCCACCUGUCAGGUGAUAGUAAUGAAGAAAUGGGGCUGCGAUUGGCUCAAGUGCUCGAUGUGCAAGACGGAAAUUUGCUGGGUAACGCGCGGCCAUCGCUGGGGACCGGCCGGUAAAGGUGAUACGUCCGGUGGCUGUCGGUGCGGGGUGAACGGGAUCAAGUGCCAUCCGAAGUGUAACUACUGCCAUUGAAAAUGUUUUCACAACUAUACACCAUAGAGCUUACAAGACUAACGCGAGCAUACAACAGGAAUCUGUAACGAAUUAGUGCAACUCCCCCGGCGAGAGAAAUAAAUCCCCCGUCGAGGAGUUACUUCGUUAGAACUUAAAAUGGAAAAAUGGGCUGUUGGAAGAAGCAAAAGUUAAUAGGAAAAUAGUACAGAAAGUAUGUGCUAAUUACAAAGAGAAGAAUAAAUAAAACAGCUAGCAAGCAGUUUUUUGAAUUAUGUAUAACCCAACGAGAUCACACAGAUUGAUGUGUCUCGUCAGAAGAGGAGUUCAAUAAAACACAGCCCUUUCAAUUCUU